AAGUUUUUUUGACCUAUGCCCAGCUGUCUACAUUUGGCAUAGCAAAAUCAUAGAGCCCUGACCCUUUUGGUUGGUGGAUCAUACAGGUCAUGGACUUGUAGUUCAGUAUCCCUAUGCCAAUCUUUGAUUUUCUUUCCCUUGUACACCGACCAUUUGAUUUGGACCCCUUGCUAUGAAAUAUAUUGAAGCCAUUCAGUGAAUGCAGUUAGGACUUUAUGUUGACAUCCUGUUUUUGGCUGCAGUCAUUGUUAGUGUGCAAGUACUUUAAUAAAAACAAAGCAUUUGCCUGGCUGGGGUUCUAUUCCAAGCAGGAAGUCGUGUUGAAUAUAUUGUAUCUCCAACGGGUUUAGAUAGCAUUGUUCCUGGCUGUGACACUGACCAGAGCUGACAGCCCUGACACGGAACAAUAUGUUCUUACUUUGAAGCAUGUAUCAUAUUUCCGAACCCCUGCAACCACAAUCUGACGCGCAUUGUCACCCGCAUAUUGAGUUCUCCAACUGCGUCUUCAGCAAAGGCGGACAAGAGAACAACUUGUAGAUCAAGGCAUCAUGCCACCAUUAAAAAGUCCGGCUGCAUUUCAUGAGCAGAUUAAAAGCUUGGAACGUGCCAGGACUGAAAACUUCUUAAAACACAAGAUUCGCAGUCGGCCUGACCGCUCGGAGCUCGUGAGGAUGCACAUUUUAGAAGAUGUACAUACUGCAUGUAUGUUCAGAGCCCAACCUGUCUUUUCUGUAGAAACCCUGGCAGAGCCCUCAUUGCAGGCCACUCAGUUGAAGCUGAAAAGGGCCCGACUAGCUGAUGAUCUCAAUGAGAAAAUCGCUCAGAGACCGGGGCCGCUGGAGCUGGUGGAAAAGAACAUCUUGCCGGUAGACCUGAAUGUUAAAGAGGCAAUUACAGUCGGCCAAACAAACUUCCCUGAAAACCUGGACACACUCUCAUUUGAUGAGGAUAGCAGUGAUGCCUUGUCACCUGAGCAGCCGGCCAGUCAAGAGUCUCAGGGGUCAGCACCUUCUCCUGGAGAGAUAAAAACAAGUGACUCCUCUUCUCCUGUCUCCAACACUACUAUCCAGUGCCAAAUUGUAAGUUCACCUCUUCCGGAUUUCUUUAAACCUGUGCCUACUGCUGACCUUACUACCCGAUCCCCUCUAUCCUGUACUGUCUCCAAGCCUGGGCCAACUCUCAUUAAGCAAACCCAGCCCAAGCAUACUGAGAAGCCCCGUAGUAAGAAGUCAAAGGAUCCUAAACCACGGGUAAAGAAGCUGAAAUACCACCAGUAUAUACCACCCGACCAGAAGGGUGAGAAGAUUGAAGCAGAGAUGGACUCCAACUAUUCCCGUCUCCUGCAGCAACAACAGCUGUUCCUUCAACUGCAAAUACUGAGCCAACAGCAACAACACUACAACUUCCAGAAAAUCCUACCCGCACCACUAAAGUCACAGAAAAAACAAAACACCAUAAACACAACCAUCUGCAAUGGGAAUGCUGGCGCACCACCUGCCCAGUGCAGUGUCAACAGACAGAAUAGCGUUCCUUGUAAAAAAACAGGACCCCUGCCUUCCAGCCUGGACGAUAUGAAGGUUGCUGAACUGAAAAUGGAGUUAAAGUUAAGGGGCCUGCCUGUGUCUGGCACAAAAAUGGAUCUUAUUGAACGAUUAAAGCCAUUCCAGGACUUCAGCAGCAAUGGCGUUUCCCCAAGCAGUGCCAACACAGUGAAUAUCACUAACCCUGCCUGCAAUACAACAGAUGAUGCUACAACAGCCUUUUCCACUUCUGCAUUAAUAAACUCCAGCAGUCCAACACCUAGUGUUUCUAUUGGCAACAACCAAACCAUGUUAGAUGGCAUUAAUUCACCAUUGCCCAUGUCCCCUACACCUUCAGAACAGUCCAAUUUCAGCUCAGAAGAUACUAACAUAACAGACACUUUUGCGGAAAUUCUGACAAUGAUGUCACCAUCCCAGUUUAUGAAUACUUCACCUUUAAAAGUAAAUGAGGACAGCAUGGGAGCAACCCCUGGAAACACACCAAAUGUGGAAUUGGAUGCUGUAGAGAAAGACCGAAAGCUUCAGGAAAAAGAGAAGCAAAUCGAGGAGCUCAAGCGUAAGCUGGAGCAAGAGCAGAAGUUGGUGGAAGUACUGAAGAAGCAGUUGGAAUUGGAGAAACGUGGCCAACAACAGCAGCCAUGUUCUAAUGUCCUGCUAAAAAUGGAACCAAAGCAUUUCAACCUUCAGAUAAAAGAAGAGACUGAAGCACCUGAUUGUCAAAACUCUAAGCAACCUGUUGGGUCAGGUGGACAAAUCCUAGGGCAAGCUACUGCUGCUACCAUUUCCCAGAAUAUUAUUGCCAACAAUGCGGUUGUUAUUAAGCACGAAGUACCUUUAGCCAAACCCGAGCAUCAGAAUGUUAUCCAACAAUUUUAUGUAACUUCCCAGAGGCCUCCUCAGACUGCAGUGGUGGCACAGCCCCAGGCAUUGCUAGCCACACAAACGGCACAGCUUCUGCUUCCACUCUCCAUCAAAGCUGCCAAUGGAGUGCAGUUGUCCAUGGUUCAGGCACAGCCACAUACUGUAAAUCCAGCUCCAGCUCAGCUCUCCACUGCAGCAGCCACCACUACAACUCUGCUCUCUGCACCACCCAAACAGUCGGCACCUCCGACACAAGACAAAUUCACACCGCACUUGCUGAAUCAGAACCAGCAAAUCAGAAAGCUUUGUCCGUCUGCAACAUCAGGCAACGUGUUUUCCUACCCGCAGAAUCCAGUUACUGCAGUUCCACAAUCCUUCAGCGCUAGUAUAUCAACUAGUGCCCAGCCACAAAGAAGCACCCAGCUUACUGCUGUGCAGAAUGGUCCCACAUCUCUUCAUGAGAAGUCGUCUACACCUCCCCAACUCCAACAGUUCAUUGUACAGCAGCAUCCAUUGUUCAGCAGUCCUACCACUAAAUCCAAGGACCCUCCCCGCUAUGAAGAAGCCAUAAAGCAAGCUCGAAACAAUCCAGCAUCGCAGCCAGAGGUAUCUAAUGCGCACAGCCAGCAGAUGGAUGACCUGUUUGACAUUCUCAUUAAAAGCGGAGAGAUGUCCCCUCUAAUUAAAGAGCCAUCGCCCAUAUCAAAGAUGAGACCCGUUACUGCCAAUGUGACCACUAUGCCAGUGAACACUGUAGUAUCAAGGCCGCCUCCACAAAUCCACAUGGCACCACCUCUGUCUCUAGAAUCAACAAACAGCUUGUCGGUUAGCUUAGAGAGCCAGUUAGAAGCCUUCUUGGAUGGAACUUUACCUUCAGGAAAUAACAUUCCACACCUCGAAAGCAACAGUGAUGACAGAGAAACGUUUUCCCUCAUAGACGACCUCAACAAUGAUCUUCUCGAAAACACUGCCAUGCUGGAGCAUGAAUCUACUCCCAUGGAGACCACUGAUACACCAUUCACAGCAAAUAGCUGCUUAUCUCUUGAUCUCGCUGAUGCAAAUCUGGACAACAUGGAGUGGCUAGACCUAACCAUGCCCAAUUCUUCAUCUUCACUAACACCCCUAAGCUCUACUCUCCCAAGUAUGUUUUCCACUGACUUCCUGGAUUCCAAUGACUUACACUUGCAUUGGGAAUAGGACUUCUCAUGUGGGUGGCAUCUAACAUUUCAUUUUGGCUAAUAGGCUUGGGUGCAUAGCUGGAACUCAGCUGCCUGCACCAAACGCAAGAGCCGCUGAAGUGUUUUCUCAGAUCUCCUGUCCAUACCAAACCACUACAGGUCGGCGUUGAUGGUAGGUCAUAUUUGUUGGAAACUGAAUGAAACACAAAAAUGAUAAAGGAAUGGUGUACUUUAAUGUACAAAUAUAUUGCAUAAAAAUGCAUUUAAUUUGUAAAAAGGAAAAAAAAUAAGUUUUACAAAUUAUGAAUGUUUCUGUUGACAAAACUGCACUUGACUGUUACUGUGAGCGGGUUGAGCCUAUGCGCAUUCUGAGACAGAGACCACUGGCUGGUUCAGUGCAACUUUACUUGGGAUCGAACCCUGACUAGCAUAAAUAUAUGUGUUUUAAUCUGUACGGCCAUUUCUAGAUCCCUUGUAACACAGGAUGAUGCUUGGCUUUGUUCAACCAACAGCUGUAAGAUCCAAUGGAAGACUGGGCUGCUUCUAUCAAAGAGCCGUAACAUUAUUGAAUACAACAGGCUUCGCUCUCUCUGUAACAUGUUUAUAAUGUAAAGUGGGGGGCGGGGGGUUAUCCGUUGCACAAAUAUAUUUUUAUUUUAUUCCUCUAGGAAAAUUGGAAGCUGAAUUGUACAGGGGUUUACGAAUGUCCUUGUCUCUCUUUGUUUUUAUGUGUAUUACAGAGGAAACGCACCAAUCUUAUUAAUCGUUUCUU